UAGAUUUCCCAUAGUGCCUCGCGAGUGGUGGGCAUGAUAGCGAACUUGGUAGGGUUGCACGCGGGUUCAAGUUGUUGUUGGGGUUCUUUUGUGCCAGGGGGCUCUACGAGCUUGGGGCCCCGUUACUACUUUGUCAGUGGGUGCAAUGGCGCUUCUCCGGGGUAUGUGGGGCGUGCUAAGUGCACUGGGAACGUCCGGAGCUGCUCUCUGCGCAGACUGUGGGAGUCGACUGCGCUCUCCCUUCAGUUUUGCGUAUAUACCGAGAUGGUUUUCAUCCGCCUUGAUUAGUUAUCCAAAGAAGCCUAUGACUUCAUAUGUUCGAUUUUCUAAAGAACAGCUACCCAUUUUUAAAGCUCAGAACCCAGAUGCGAAAAAUUCAGAACUAAUUAAAAAAAUCGCCGAGCUAUGGAGGGAACUUCCUGAGUCAGAAAAAAAAGUAUAUGAAGAUGCUUAUAAGGCAGACUGGCAGGCAUACAAAGAGGAGAUAAACAGAAUUCAAGAACAGCUAACUCCAAGUCAGAUGGUAUCUUUGGAAAAAGAAAUCAUGCAAAAACGUUUAAAAAAGAAAGCAAUAAUAAAAAAGAGAGAGUUAACAAUGCUUGGAAAACCGAAAAGACCUCGCUCAGCUUAUAACAUUUUUAUAUCUGAACGCUUCCAGGAAGCUAAGGAUGGUACAUCACAGUUAAAGCUGAAGACUGUAAAUGAAAGCUGGAAAAAUCUCUCUAGUUCUCAAAAGCAAGUAUAUAUCCAACUUGCUGAAGAUGAUAAAAUUCGUUAUUAUAAUGAAAUCAAAUCUUGGGAAGAACAAAUGGUUGAAGUUGGACGAAUUGAUCUUCUCCGUCGCAAAAUGAAGCCCCAAGCAAAAAGCACUGAGAAGUGUUAAAUAGAAGAUUGAGUUAUGUUCAUAGUGGAUAGAUACAAGAAACCAAUUAGGUCUCAAUACCUGAAGCCGUUGUUAAAUUAGAAAGGAUAAAGUUGGUAAACAUUUUAUACUUAAUUCCUUUUUCUUUAGCCCAUGGACUUCUGCCAGUUCAAUACAUUUUGUAUGAGUAUCUUGCUUUGGAAAACCCAAACAGAUAAAAAAUUCACUUGAAAUUUAUUUUGCGUUUAGGAACUACUAAGGGUUAAAAUAAUCCAUGAAAUGUAUCAAUGAUCAUUUUACCUUUGAUAAAGGUGAAUCAGACUGUGAAGUUUUUUUAUACUUGUUGACUGGGAAGAGUAUUCUUGUUUCCUUAUAUUAUGGAGGCAGGGGUUUCAUAUUCAAAAGUGUCCCAAAUUGUAGAGCCAUAAUGUUCUGUGAUAUAAUUGUGCAUUGUUUAAAAGAGCACCAGGAACUCAUCUAGGUAAAUUCCAAUUCCUAGGCAUCAUUCACAUUAUAUUCAGAUUUGGUGGUAAUGCAAGGGAUUGCUGGUUUCGGUUACAACUUUUUGUAUAAAGGAUAGAGAGAUUUAUAAACCUUUUUCUCAUUGCCUUUUUUCAUAAAUUAAAAACUAAGAAAUUAUGUACCAAAUCUAUGCAUAUUUUAUAUUGCAUAGAAUACAUUUUUUUGUUGUUGUUUCUUAAUUACAUGUUUAAGAUGUAGCAGUUGUUUUACAGCUUCUUUUGGUCUUUUUUUUGUUUGUUUUUUAAAGUAAGGAUGUGUAAUCUAAAUUAUUUUUUCUCUCUCGUGUGAGUAUAUUUAUCCAGAAAGUAGAGAACUUGUCUGGUAAGUUUUAAAAUGAGAGCUCUAAAAAACAGAAGUCUCCAAAGUCUCUAGACGUGGAACCUGCAAUUUUUAAACAUUUUAUAUAACAUAUAACAUAUUUUAUAUAACAUAUAAAAAGUCAACUUUGACCAAUGGGCCAGAUCUAGCCCACUGCCUGCUUUUCACGGCCUGUGAGCUAAUAAUUGUGUUUACAAUUUUAAAAGGUUAAAGAGAAAAGGAAUAUUUCAAGACACGUGAAAAUUAACAUGAAGGUCAAUGUCCAUAAAUAGUCUUAUGGAGUCCAACCAUAGUCAUUUAUUUAUUAUUUAUGGCUGCUUUUGUGCAACAGUGACAGAGUUGAGUAGUUGCUACAAAGACUAGCCUGCAGAUGCCAAAAUAUUUACUGUAUGACCCUUUACAGAAAAUGUUUGUCAAGCAGUGGUCUCUUAGUAUAGCGUAGUAUGACAAGUGUUCCAACGUAUUAAUAUGAUGGGAUAGGUUUUUAAACUAUUAUAGAGGUUCUUGUUUUAGAAUCGUUGUCACCAUUGUCUUAAGAGGAAAGAGGUCAGAUCACUUACAAGCUAAAUAAACUUGUCCCACAGCGUUAGCAAGAAAAAUAGUCUUGUUUCAAAUUACGUUGCAGUAAAAUAAAAAAGAUCUAUCUAGUAUGGAAUGAGAUUCUCUUAAAUUAUUUGCUAUGGCUUGGUAAAAUGAACCUUAAGAGUUUUCCAGUUAGCAUAUAUCACAAAACCCUUUUAGCAUUUGUUUACCUCUUGGGAGAAUCAGGAAUUUUCAAAAUCCACAUUACUUUUUGAGAAAAAUCAUGUGUCUUUUGUCAUCAGUUCACAGGAAUAGGAUAAUUCAAAAUUUAUAUGUACCUUAUAUUAUGCAAAAUAUUUAGAAAUUCUAGAUUCCUUAUCUCCAGAAAAAUUUUGAAGAUUUUUGUCGUAGUAGAUAGAAAGUAAAUAAACAGUCAUGAAAAGGUGACUUGUUAAAUACUGAACUUGACAAAGCUAGGGACCGAAGAGAAAAAAUAUAACUUGGGAGGAAGCUCAAGAUUUAAAUAUGUAAAGUUGGGUGUUUUCAAACAACUUUUACCCUGUGGUUAGGAAUACAGGACAAAGUCGGCUAUUAGUUAAAUAGAUACCAUGGGGAGGAGGGAUUGGGGAAGAAGAGUGUCUAUCACAGUCUUUCAAAAUUGGGUUUCCAAGAGAGAAUUAAGCCCUAAUUCUCUGUGGCAUCUAUAAUGGUACUGAUUAUGUACCAUACUUAGGAGAAUGGAGAAAAUGACUCAUCAUUUACUGUUUUCUGGGUUUCACACGAGCCCAGGGAGCACAUAGGAGUCGGUGUUUGUAACAUAGGAUGGGUGAGGUAGAGAUACGAGUUAUGUAUACAUCUGUAGGACAAAUGUAGUAUAAAACAUCUUUACAAUUACCUUUUUCUGAGAUAUUUUACCAUUCAACUACAUACACAAUUUUAUACAGAACACAUUUAAGUCCUAUCUAACCAAUUAGGAAGUUCAUUGUAUAGUAAGUUCUCAGAUGUUUACAACUUAAUGUAGGGGGAAAAGUGUGAAACAGUGAAGAGAGCUAGAGCAUAACCAUUUUGUGAUAUCAAAUUUUGUUUCUAAAGAAUAUCAUUGUUAAUUCUUUAAAUAUUACGACAGUCAUUCUACACCUUAGUAAACCAGUAUAUGUCGAAGAUUGGUAUGCCAUAUACCAAAUACCAUCCAGUUUAACAAGAGGCCAUACAUUUUCUAUUAUAAAGGAUAAGAACAUACCAAUAACCAGUGGCCACUCAUAAUAAAGCCUUACUUUUAGAAUUAAGUUGAGUCAACAAAGUAAUUGCUGUAGAAGCUAAAGAAUGCUAGGGGGAAAGAUGCUGAAGAAAUAAAACCAGUGUUUUUGCUGUUCUGAGCAUAUGUUCAGUCAUAAAGAAAUUUUCAUACUUCUGUUCAUUGGAGUACCGAUAUUAGGUUUUUUGAGAUAAAUGACUUUCUGGUGUUUAAAGAUAUUGUGUGCAGAUUUAACCUACUGUAAUCAUGUAAUGUCGCCGUAGCUUUUGGCUAACUCCUUGUUUGGAAAUGCCAUUUUUUAACAAGGCAUAUAUUUUAUAGUUCUGAUGUGUAUAUUUAAAUUUCUGAAUUAAAAUAUUAGAGUUGAUUUAAAGUCACUAGGAAAUUUUAGUGAUUUUUCUGACCCGUACCUAAAAUUAAUCAUCACUGAGUUUUUGUAGUUAAGUGAUAGUAUCCAUUGUUUUUCUUAAUUUUAUCAGUAUUUACUAUAAGAAUAUUCUCUCCCUUUCUUUCCUCACAGCUACUCUUUCUCCUCUUCAUAACAUCAAGCUCUUAUAGACAAAUUUGAAAAUGUUACAAGGACAGACUGUUGAAAUUUUAAAGUAGUAAUAUUCUUUUUAAAAUUGAACCUUUGGAAAGAAUAAGAAAAUGAACAUAUUUAUUACUUUGAAUUUGUAAAACUUUCCAAACAGUAAAACUAUACAAAGUUAGUAUCAUGAGUUUCUCACAUUGUUCGCAAAUAAAGUACUUUUGGCAAUCGA